AUGUCGCGCAUGUGGGGGACGCUGUGGUUGGCAGCCGUCCUGGCCAGGGCGGAGCCCGAUGUGCCGCAAAGUUUCACGGUUUACUCGGCCCCAAUUCGUCUGCGAUAUGGUGAAGUGUACAACACACAGCAGGAUCCUAUGGUCCUGCCCCAGCACAUCGUGGACAAGUAUUUUGAUCAGGGAAAGGCCAUGGCCCUCUCAGGCUUCGAUGUCGAGAUGAUCCGAAAGGAAAAGAAUGGUGUUGAGUCCAAGGUCAAGCUGAGUGACCAUUACCUGCACCACUACAUCCUUGCAAUGGGCGACAAUAGCACCAUGCAGAAGAUUUUCCAGCAAGCUGCCAAAGACAAAAUGUUUGCAAGAAUGCUGACUGGCUGCCACGCCAUGACAAGAUCGCAUGUGCACUCCUUCCUUACGAGCCUGGGUGACGACCCUGACAUUGUGUACUUCGGAAGUGCGUCUGGUGCGGAGUAUCGACAUAACCUGCAGAGGUAUCAGGCACCCUUCCGCAGGAUCAUCAGCAAGCCGCACCUUUGGGCACCAAUUUUUCAUGUGAUCAACACGAACAGACCAUUGAAGAACACCUCUGUGCCUUACUCCCCACUGCUGGAAUGCCCUUGCACGCCGCAGCGCAAGAUCGACGUCAAGCACGGCAAGAUCGAUGGAGAGGAUCCAGACCCUCCCAUCCAGUGCAGCAAGGAGUUUGCAGCUACUGGAAAUCCUUCCUGCAACCUUGCUACCUACGUUGGCGGUUGGCGCUGCUGUGAACAUGGCGUGUUCGUCAUCGACACAGACAAAGAGUGCAGUGAUCCGCAGUGCUCUGAAGAGCCAAAGGAUGAGAUCUUCAUGAAGUACACUUUCUACUACGAAGACCACUAUCCGGAGACACGCAAGAUGGAGAUGGCUGCAUGCUGCGACGUAACUUCCACAACCCAGGGCGUUGAAAACAUCGAGUAUGAUGUUCCAGUCUGUCCAUCUGGCACUCCACCUGAGAAGUGCUUGCACACGGUUGAGACGGUGCAGCCUGUGGGAUACUACCACAGGCACCCGAAGUCACCCCAUGACAAGCACAGGGCAGAUGAACUCGUUGACCUUGUCUUUGCCGCUCCGCAUCUCCAUGUGGCCGGCUUGUCCAUCGAACUCUUCGAUGAUAUUACAAACAAAACCCUUUGCUCAGUCUUUGCGAGCUCAGACAACAAGGGUGGUGUGAUGUAUGGGAAUGGCACUGAACCAGGGAAUGAAAAUGGCUAUCUUGUUGGUCUACGCCCAUGUUCAUGGGCUGGCGGUGAGGCGCCUCGCUUCCAGAGAAAUCAUCCCCUCCGCACUCGAGCAGUUUACAAUGCUUCCCGUGCUCACACUGGGGUCAUGUCACUGUGGUUGAUGGAUGUUUCACCUGUUUCAGAUGCUGAGGUCCUUGUGUAA